AUGUUAGCAUAUAGGUCAAAACACUACUGUGGAUCAGGACAGCCUUGUAGUGCUAUUAUAAAAGCCUGGACUAAUGGGACAGAGUCCCAGAGGGACACGUUACAGGGACCAGAGGCAGGUAAACUAUCAGCUGUCUCCUCUCCUCUGGUGACCUGGUUCCACUCACUGGGUUCACUGGGAGGAGGCCUGGGUUCACUGGGAGGAGGCCUGGGUUCACUGGGAGUAGGCCUGGGUUCACUGGGAGGAGGCCUGAGUUCACUGGGAGUAGGCCUGGGUUCACUGGGAGGAGGCCUGGGUUCACUGGGAGGAGGCCUGGGUUCACUGGGAGGAGGACUGGGUUCACUGGGAGUAGGCCUGGGUUCACUGGGAGGAGGCCUGGGUUCACUGGGAGGAGGCCUGGGUUCACUGGGAGUAGGCCUGGGUUCACUGGGAGGAGGCCUGAGUUCACUGGGAGUAGGCCUGGGUUCACUGGGAGUAGGACUGGGUUCACUGGGUUCACUGGGAGUAGGACUGGGUUCACUGGUAGGAGGCCUGGGUUCACUGGGAGUAGGCCUGGGUUCACUGGGAGUAGGCCUGGGUUCACUGGGAGGAGGCCUGGGUUCACUGGGAGGAGGACUGGGUUCACUGGGAGUAGGCCUGGGUUCACUGGGAGGAGGCCAGAGUUCACUGGGAGGAGGCCUGAGUUCACUGGGAGGAGGCCUGGGUUCACUGGGAGGAGGACUGGGUUCACUGGGAGGAGGCCUGAGUUCACUGGGAGUAGGCCUGGGUUCACUGGGAGGAGGACUGGGUUCACUGGGAGUAGGCCUGGGUUCACUGAGAGGAGGCCUGAGUUCACUGGGAGGAGGCCUGAGUUCACUGGGAGUAGGCCUAGGACUGAGUCUGGGAAAUAAGUCCAAAUCUUUCACGACUCAAAUCUAA